AAAAAGCGAGCGUUUGUCUCUGUUGUUGUCGUCAUUUUGACAGCUGCGGUGCUUUUGAUUGUUGGAAUUCAUUACGCUUUUGAACUCGCUGCAGCUGAAAUUCUGCGAAUAAGUGUAAAUUUCCCGAAAAUUGCAGAGAAUAUCGGUGCAACUGUGUGAUAUUACGGUAGAGAGUAAGACUGUGCAUCGUGUUCCGGUGAAUUUCUGAGGAAAAAGCUGGGAUCGUUGGUGUAAUCGCGUCCGAAACGGAGCUCCUUAUAGGAAGACAAAAUUCGCCGCCCGCAGAGCAAACCCACUAGACAGCGAUGGCCAAGGUGCACAUUACCAACGUCGUGGUGCUGGACAACCCGAGCAGCUUCCUGAAUCCGUUCCAGUUCGAGCUCACGUUCGAGUGCAUCGAGGAGCUCAAGGAGGACCUGGAGUGGAAAAUGAUCUACGUUGGUUCGGCCGAAUCCGAAGAAUUCGACCAGGUUUUGGACACAAUCUACGUUGGGCCGGUCCCCGAGGGCCGACACAUCUUCGUAUUCCAAGCGGACCCGCCCAACGUUGCUCGAAUCCCCGAACAGGACGCGGUUGGAGUGACGGUAGUGCUGCUCACAUGCUCCUACCGGGGCCAGGAGUUCGUACGAGUAGGAUACUUUAUCAAUAACGAAUACUCUGACCAGGAUCUUCGGGAGAACCCACCGGCCAAGCCACUGUUCCAUCAGAUGACCAGAAACAUCCUCGCUUCCAAGCCCCGUGUCACAAGGUUCAAAAUCAACUGGGACGACACGCCAGCCAAUGGCAGUGGAACGGCCAGCGGCAUGGAAGACGAAGCCGGCAUGACCAUAGACAACGGAGCCCACGAAGAAGCGGUCACCACUGCCACCACGGUUGCCGAAAUGAUGUCCGAGGUGACGCAAGGCGAAAGCAGUAUGACCCUGCCGCGAGAGUUCAAUGAAAAUUCCAACUCGCUGGCGAUGGAGUGUUAGUUCUUCGACACGCCCACCAGAUAAGAAAAAAAUGUAGUUUCCUUUGUCACAGCUAUAUGUUUCUUUCUAUUUCCCCCCCUGAACAAUGUAAGGCUGCUGUUGUUUUGCAGUUAAGUAUUGUACUAGACCCUUUAUGAAGCAUUGUACACACUACUGAAGUCAUGAGACCCCAAUUCCAUGCAACAUCUCGAUUUUGUGUCGUUCUAAUUUUUUUUUUGUCAAUAAACCAACAACAGUAAAAAUAUUGGGUCCUAGCUCAAAGCUGUACCGCAACAAGUGUUUUUAUCACACUAUUAAAUUAUAUAUGACACUCACGCGUACGUACAUCGUUAAGGGUAGCCGAUAAGAAUCUGUAAAUAAUAAAUAACAAAAGCGCGGAAGCAGUUAGAGUAAUAAAAUAUUCAAAUUUUCAA